AGAAAGCCUGUCCUGUUGCGUUAGAAUAUGGUUCCUUUUUUCAAACCAACCCUUUCAUUUCACUUCCCUCUUCUGUUUUAUUUAGCACAAAAAAAAAGAACAUCAUCAGAUCGACGACUUGCCGUCGAUUCAACACAUUCGGCUCACAUUUUCGCCAUUGCUGAUGUCCCACUUCCUUUUAUAGGCUCAACCCCCAUGAGUACACGCGCAUAUCAAGACGCAUUUCCGUGCAGCAUCUGUUAAAUGCUAAGUGCAAAAUCCGCAGACUGUUAAGUGCAAAAGCACGUAAGCACAUGAUAUCUUUUGGCAUUGCAUGUUGAUGCCAAAUAAUGCUUGAUUUGAAGUUCCCAUAGAUUUGUGGAUCAAGAUUUUACCUCAUAUAGUGUUGCAUUUGGUUGAGUUCUCGCAAUGAGAUUAGGAAAACUGCUUCCAUCUAAAAGGUUUGAACUGUAAGCGUGGCUGUGCAUAGUCUAUGACGAAUUCAGGUAUUUUGCAAAAUGAGUUGGAGGACUCAUCUCCAGGACAGAGUUUGGAUGGAAGUUUCAGGAAGUCAAGCUCUGUUAUCUCUGCCCGUAGUCUGUCUAGCAUUUCUACUUCAAGCAAGUUUAUUCCUACUUCAAGAAGAUUGCACAAGGCAUUAAGAGACUAUGCAAGGAAACUGGUCGAUUUUGAUUUAUUCAAACAAGGUCUUGAAGAUUGGGUUUCAGAAAAUUUGCAUGCAGGUUCAACCAAUGACCAGUCUUUCAGGUCUCCCUUUGCAAUUGAUGAACUGCGCAAGCUUGAUUUAGCUUUGGAGGGUGUCCUAUUUCAGCAACUAUGCCGCAUGCCAUGCUCAACUUAUGCUGCAAAUGAUUCGAGAGAAGAAGAGUAUUUUGCGAUGGAAGAUUUUCUCCAUGCUGUUGCUAAUGGUCUAUGGCGCACAUUUUGGUGCAAAAGUGGGCCAAUGCCCUUCUUCUUAUCUUGCCCGUAUCGUCCUGGAUCAAAGUUUUAUACUGUGCAGAAGGCAAUAUCAAGGGGAAAGCUUGAGGAGCUUCGUGGUUUAGCUUUGAUUACAAAAAGUGGAAGGGAUUUACAGGUUCAUUGGGGUCAAGUGAUGGAGCUUGCCUUAUUUAGACCAGAUAUAUUGUCAGAUAACGAAUUAAAGUUAUCUGCCAGCUGCAUAUGCGAAGCCCUCUUUUAUGGCAUUCAUAUUCUUAUUGCUAGGAGUUUGAGCAAGCUCAAUACAGUUGGCAGCGAUUCUGUUUUCCUUUUGGUUUUUGAUUCUAAAUUUGGUGGUGUAGUGAAGCUUGGCGGGGAUCUUAGUAGACUGGAACUGAAGUCAACUAAUCUGUAUCAAUCUGUGAUUGAGUGGAUCAGAUAUCAUGCUGAAGUUGGAGUUUCCUCUGUUGAACGGGUGUGGAAUAAGCUAGGCAAUGCAAACUGGGGGGACCUAGGAACUCUGCAAGUUCUUCUGGCAACUUUCUAUUCCAUUGUCCAGUGGAAUGGACCACCAAGAAAAUCAAUAGCCUCGUUGGCCUCAGAUCAUAGCCUUCGUCUUCAAAAACGUAGGAUAGAGUGCUGCCUUGGUGAAAAUGAAAAUGCACUGGUACCUUUCCAGCAGCCGUUGGACCAAGGAGAGAUUGUAGAACUUAACCAAAGUGAUGAUUCUUCUGGAAAGCAUACAGCACGUUUGAUGCUUAGGCAGGGCGAAAUAUUGCUAUUGGAUGAUCAGCAGCAGGGGCAUAAGAGUUUUCAAAUUCAAGAUUCUUUCAUUGGAGGGAACUACUUUCUCUACUCUGCUGUCUAUCUAGAUUAUCCAACAGAAUUAUUGAAUUUAUAUGUGGGUGCCCACCCGUGUAGGCUAGAGCCAUCUUGGGAAGAUAUGAGCUUGUGGUACCAAGUACAGAGGCAAACAAAAGUACUCAACAUCUUGAAGCAGCAAGGCAUCACAAGCAAAUAUUUGCCAGAAAUCGUUGCCUCAGGCAGAAUUUUGCAUUCUGGUCCAUGUACAAAGCAGAGCCCCAGUGGGCGUUGUGAUCACCCAUGGUGUGGAACCCCAAUCCUUGUAACAUCUCCUGUUGGGGAUCAACUCUCCUUCAUUAUUGCUCACAAUGGUUCAUUUUCAUUGGAGGAAGCAGUUCGCUGCUGUCGAGACUGCCUAGCAGCUCUCCGAAGUGCAGCAAUGGCUGGUGUUCAACAUGGUGAUAUUUGUCCUGAGAACAUAAUACGUGUCACUGAUCCCCAAGAGCCAAGAAAUAGACUCUUGUAUGUACCAGUUUCCUGGGGACGUGCAGUUCUGGAAGACAGAGACAGUCCAGGAAUAAAUCUACAGUUCUCUUCAUCACAUGCACUUCAGCAUGGGAAGCUUUGUCCAUCAUCUGAUGCUGAAAGCCUUAUUUACCUCCUGUUUUUUGUUUGUGGAGGUACCAUGCAGCAGCAGGAUUCUAUUGAAUCUGCCUUGCAAUGGAGGGAAAGAAGCUGGGCAAAGCGUUUGAUUCAGCAGCAACUUGGUGAGGUUUCAGCUCUAUUAAAGGCAUUUGCUGAUUAUAUUGAUAGCCUUUGUGGUACCCCUUACCCAGUUGACUAUGACAUUUGGUUAAAAAGGUUAAAUAGGGCUGUGGAUGGCUUAUCAGAUAAAGGUAAAACGGUUGAAGAAUUAGCAAUAACACUAAGAUUAGAGGAUGUUGCAGAGUCUUCAGGAACUUCUAGAACUGUCAUUUAAUUAUCCUGCUGAAAGGGUUUGCUGUCGUUUUGUAACUAUAUCUGGCCACUUGGGCGAUUUUGGCUAAUUUAUUUUAUUUUAUUUUUUCUGGUGCUUCCGAUUCUGGCCAUAUUUGAAUACGAUGCAAUACAAAUGUAUCUUUAUUGUAAUUGACUUGUUCAGCACAUGUCUACUAAACUUUCCUCCCAUUUCAA